AUGGAUGGUAUAUUAACACCUCUCCGAAUACCAGCUGAUAGUUGGUCAACAACAGAAGUUCGAAGUAUAACACAUACACAUCUAUGGACAAUCAAAGGAUUUUCACAAUGUGAAUGUCGAUAUUUGGAAACUACAGCCAAAAUCAAAGAUAUUAGUGUAAGUUGUUUUUUCGAUUCAUCUGUAAAAAAUCUAAAUUUCAUAAUUUUUCAGGCUACUCCUCAACCAAAUCUACCGUCCAGUUCUGGUGGUCUCCCAGAUCUUCCUGUUAUCACAUUUCGUAUUCGAUUACACCCUCAAGGAAAUAAAGAAUCAAACAAGGAUUUCACUUUCUUUCAAGUGAGUUUUAUUCAAUAUUCUCUUCUUAUUAUAAAAAAAAAUAAUUUGUAGUGUUUCUCUAAUCAAAAUUCAACAACAUCAAACACGCCAUCUUACAAAGCCAAAUUCAAAUUUACGGUAUUCAAUUCGCGAGCUGAAGAAACGCCAACAACAGUUUACUCGGGUACACAGCAGGUAAAGGUAACAUCAAAUUUUCAUAUUGUAAUAUACUCUUAAAAUGAAACCAAAAAAACUAAUUCGAAAAUAGACUUCUAACUAGAUUAUUUGCAGCUUCACGGGUACUUUGAAUAUAUUCGCCGCGAUGUUCUCAUAUCUCAUGUUCAACCAUCAGAUGAGCUUCAAUUAAGCUUGAAUAUUACGGUCACUUUCGAUACAAUUACCAAGUAAGAUUUUUUGAUUUUUUUCGAGAGAGAACAUUGAAAAAUAACUAACCCUUUUGCAGAGUUGUGCAUAAUAUGAAACCAGCUGGAACUCAACCACCAAAACCAGUCGAAGUUACAAGAGAUUUGGAAAAUUUGCUAAGAUCGGGAAAGCAUACGGAUUUCACGUUGGUUAUUGAUGAUCAAGAAAUGAAGACGCACAGGGUGAGAAUUUUAAAAAUUCACAAAUUUCACGUUCCAAAAAUUUUUAAUUUUCUGAAAUAGCAAUUUUCAUUUCAAAAAAAUUUUCUUUUGUUUUAAGUUUUUAUUAUUAUUUUUAUAAGCAAAUUUCCUUGAAAAAAGAUUAUUACUUUUAUAAAUCAGAUGUUUUCUAAAUUAUGUGUCUGAAAUUAACGAUUAACUAUAUUGUUCAUUUGAACAAAAUUUCUAUUUUGCAGACAAUACUCGCAGCUCGAUCUCCAGUUUUUGCUGCAAUGCUUGAACCACAUACCGAAGAAUCGCAAACGGGUCGUGUUAUUUUGAGAGAUAUCGAUUAUGAUGUGAUGUAUGAUUUGUUAUAUUAUAUGUAUACUGGAAAAUGUCCAACAAUGCAGCCAAACACACUGGAAAUACUCGCAGCUGCCGAUCGAUUCCAACUUCCAGGUCUCAAAGAUAUGGCCGAUGUUGUAAGUUUGAAUUAUCAUUUUUUUUAUUUUUAAAAAUAAAUAUGUUUUGUAGAGUCUGCGGAACAGUUUGACGGUUGAUUCGGUUUGUCGUCAUUUGGUGUAUGCAGAUAUGUACACGGCUUUGGAAUUGCGAAAAGAAGCAAUCAAGUUUAUUGUAUAUAAUGCGAAUGCGGUGACACAAACUGAUGGAUUUCGAUUGAUGUCGAAAGAUCAUCCGGCUUUGAUGACUGAGAUUUUUCAAAGUCUAGCCAAUGAUCGACAAAUUGGACCAUCACAAACAACAACAAUUACAACGAAAGUCACAGACACAUCAGGUAAAUCACUUUUUCAUAAAAUACAACCUUUUUCUAAAUAUUACCGUUUCCAGAGAGUAAUCCUCCUGUAAAACGAGCUCGAAUGAGUGAUGUUUAA